AUGGAGCAGACGUUUGACCUCCCCGACUCGACCGACUGGCUCGGAACGCCGUUGUCGCUUCUGACGCCACUCGAGUCCGCGCUCCGCUGCCAGGUGUGCAAGGACUUUUUCGACAACCCCGUUAUUACCUCGUGCUGUCAUACGUUUUGCUCACUGUGUAUCCGGCGGUGUUUGAGCACGGAGGGGAAAUGUCCAGCUUGUCGAAGUUCGGACCAGGAAUUGAAAUUGCGGCGGAAUUGGGCGGUCCAAGAACUUGUCGAGGCGUUUCAGAAUGCAAGACCUAGUGUGUUGGACCUGGCUAAACGCGCUGCAACUGAAGAUCGAGAAGAUGCAGAAGUAGGAACGGCGCAACCUGCUUCGAAGAAGAGGAAGGUCGAUGAGCGGGAUGGGUCAAAUAGUGAGGUUUCGGAGGGGAGACAAACGCGGUCACGAACUAAAGGCGUGGAGCGGCAAACUGAACCUGCAACUAUGGACGUAGUUGAGGAUAGCCAGGAUGAAGAAUAUGUGCCUGAGGACGGCCUGGUUGCGUGCCCAAUUUGCAAUCGGAGGAUGAAGAACGAAGCAGUCUUUCAACACUUAGAUAAUUGCACCGGAGAUCCAGUCCCGCCGAAAAAGAUAUCAUUUGGCUCAUUGCAGCCCAUGUCGCCUGCUUCGCGAACACUGAACAAAGCGCCCGAGAGACUCCCCACAAUAAACUAUUCUUUAUUAAAAGACAAUGUGCUCCGGAAAAAGCUUAAAGAUUUGGGAAUACCGAACUGGGGCCCACGGCCCCUACUGCAAAGACGUCACACCGAGUGGAUGAACUUAUGGAACGCUAACUGCGACUCCAAAACGCCAAAGUCCAAGCGUGAAUUAUUACAUGAAUUGGGUGUCUGGGAACGCACACAGGGCGGUAGUGCACAUCCCUCUGCUGAGUCUGCUGGCUCCGUUAUGCGUAAAGACUUUGAUGCAACCGCAUGGUCGACCACCCAUGAAAGCGACUUCAAGCAGCUGAUUGCAAACGCUCGAAAGCGAAGCGAUGCUUUAGUUCGCACGACCAUCCCGUCUGCAGCCCCGGCUCAAUCGCAAGAAUCACCCACAGUUGAGCAACCAGUGGAGGCUACAAUUCCAACGAAUAUGCAGAAGCCGGAACAGCCACUCGUAGAUCUCACAAGUGCCGCCUAUCCUAAAAUUCAACACGCACAGGAGCCCGGUGAAAGUGAAGAGCCUUAUACGCUUCCUGGAUAA